UUGAACAUGGAUCUAGGGUGGCGUGGCAUCAAGGUACACACAAAAAUCUAUCUGUUACCAUUUAUUUAUUCUCUCCUAUUUCUUCUUUGGCUCUGGAAUCUUUAUGCAACUCUGACUGCAUGAGAAUUUCAAAGGUUAUUCUUUCUAAUGCCAAUGUGCCGGGUGAGGGGGAGCACAAGAUAAUGUCGUACAUUUGCUUGCAAAGAAAUCUACUAGGGUUUGACCCGAAUACACAACAUUGCUUGUAUAGGUUGGAUGCUAACUUGAUCAUGCUAGCACCGGCUACACAUGAAGUGCAUUUUGCAAUUCUUAGAGAGAGAAUAUCAAAAUGGGAGAUGAUUGAGGUUGAUCCGUUGCCAAUUACUCAAUCUGAUAAUAGAUGCAAGGUACAACACUUUCGUAGGGGCUCAAUUUCAUUGCAUUUUCUCAUGAAUGAAAUGUUAGUAUUAUUUACUAUACUUCGUAUUCUUCUGUUGUUUCAGGGCCGAUGUCGGCCUCAUGGGAUUGAUUCAUUACCAAAAAUCUGUGAGACCUCCAACUUCGAGAUGCGACCAUUAUGGGGUUUCCCAAAAAAAAAGGGGAACGCAAAAGCUUCGAAUAACUUACUGGCCAUUGCAGUUGGAAUAAAACAAAAAGAAAAUGUGAACCAGAUUGUUGAAAAGGAUUCUGCACUGCAGCCUGCAAAGAGUUUGAUUCCUUCAUUGUUCAUUGUAGACCUGCAACAACUUGUAUAUGAUCUUUCUUCAAAUGCAAAAUUCUAUUUAUCUGCAAACUAA